AUGGGUCAGCCGCAGGUUAUCGACUCGAGACCCGCGAAUGCCAGAAAGGGCAGAAAGGGCAGGCGCUCUGACGAUGCCACCGGCCUCGAGGUGCGCGUCCCCGAACCCCAAAGCUCAGGGUUCGAUCAGUUCGGCACGCCUAUGGUUGUGGACUCCAGGCCCCGCAGCAAGAAAGGCAGGCGGGCCCUCGAGGCGCGCGCUAUUGUUUACAAUCCCAAGUUUUGCAUGCCUAGCAAGUGUUAA